AUGAAAAUAUUGGAAAAUCCUUUGCCAUACAAUCAAGAAAGCGAAAUAGAAACGUCCAAAAUUAGCUGAUUUUAUGAUAAGACCUCUGAUCUAGUAGAAAUUAACAUUAAAACUUUCGAGAAAACCCUUCACAGGCUUUAUCUUCCUAAAACUAAUAUUAACGAAAGUAUUUCUAUUUGUCAAUUGCCAGGUAAUAAGCUAUUUUGUUAUAUUAACACGAUAGGAUGGAAUGAUUUGAGUGGAAUGACUUUUAUCGUUAAUGAAAAUUAUGAAGUUCAAUUUCUCCCUACAGGGACACCAAGCUUGGGAUUUUUUGGGACUUAUUACAAAAAUUGCGUUUAUGUUUUUGGAGGAGAAUUUGCCAAGAGAUUUAAUUUAGAUAAGUGAAGAUGGGAAAAAUUGGUAAAGUUUCCAAGUAGCACUCGUUGGUGCUCUUCUACCUUUUUGAAUAAUAUAAUUUUGGCUACAGGACGAGAUUGGGACAACAUAUUUGCUUUGGAUUUAUUGACUUUGUCUUUUUCUUCAUGCCCUGUUUCUUUGAUUUUUUAUCAAAAUAAAUUUCUUUGCAAUUUUGAAGAUUCAGCUUACUUAAUUGAAUAUCCUGGAAAAAUUCUUGAAAGUGGCAAAAAUGACCCUUUUGAUUGAAAUUUUAUAGGAAAUUUUUUUAGUUCGAAGGAAGAAGGAUUUACUGGACGUAAGGCUCUUUAUAAUAAAGCAUGAUAUUUUUUGACUGGAGAUACAGAAAUUAUAAAAUUUGAUUUAGAAGAAAAGAAUAUUCUAAGAAUUCAUUUACCACUUACAUAUAAAAGAGGUUUUUAA